GCUGCGCAGGCGCAGUGUGGGCGGUAACAUGGCGUCCAGGGCCAAACGGAGGGCUUUGGGGAGUGGGGCUCCGCAGCCGCCUGGCGCCCAGGUCCAGCGCGACGACGAAGAGGAAGAUGAAGUCGAGGAUGAGGACGAAGACGAUGACGACAGCGACGAAGAAGAGGAUGAAGACGACGAGUUCGUGGACGAGGAAGUGAAUAUCGAAUUUGAAGCUUAUUCCAUAUCAGAUAACGAUUACGAUGGAAUUAAGAAGUUAUUGCAGCAGCUUUUUCUAAAGGCUCCUGUGAACACUGCAGAGCUAACAGAUCUCUUAAUUCAACAGAACCAUAUUGGGAGUGUGAUUAAGCAAACGGAUGUUUCAGAAGACAGUGAUGACGAUGUGGAUGAAGAUGAGAUUUUUGGUUUCAUAAGCCUUUUGAAUUUAACUGAAAGAAAGGGUACCCAAUGUGCUGAACAAAUUAAAGAGUUGAUUCUAAGCUUCUGUGAGAAGAACUGUGAAAAGAACAUGGUUGAACAGCUGGACAAGCUUUUAAAUGACACCACCAAGCCUGUGGGCCUUCUCCUAAGUGAAAGAUUCAUUAACGUCCCUCCACAGAUCGCUCUGCCCAUGUACCAGCAGCUUCAGAAAGAAGUAGUGGAGGCACACAAAACCAAUAAGCCAUGUGGGAAGUGCUGCUUUUACCUUCUGAUUAGUAAGACAUUUGUGGAAGCAGGAAAAAACAAUUCCAAAAAGAAAUGGAGCAACCAAAAGAAAGAUGAGUUAAUGUUUGCAAAUGCAGAGGAAGAAUUUUUCUAUGAGGACAACUGGAAGGCAUUAGGAGAAGCCACUGCUGUGGUCUGGGAAAUGACUCGGGGAAGCUGCAGUACAGCCCACCACACCUCCAGUACUGCGGAAGGACAGCAGAGCAAGCACCAGACGGAAUUUCAGCCUGACACACCCACCGCAGGCAAAAGAUCUGCUGCUGGGAGUGAGGAGGCAGUGCCAAACCACCCAAGGGACAUUGGCAGGGAACCCAGACAUCAACUGGACGACUGCAGCACAGCUUUCAGCCUUACCUUGGGGCAAAUAUGUCCAAUUUCCCUAUUACUUCUGAAUGUUUUCCCAUCAAGAUUUAAAACUGAGCAGAAGCUUAUGACUGCCCAGAGAUAUUCCUGUUUUGCCUGGAUGCUGGCAUACAGUACUACUGUCUUAUUUGUUCAUUCUUGGGGACCUUUGGCCUAACCAUAGCGGCAAAGAUGAGACCUUCAGAAGUCACAAUCAUGUGAAAUAAACAGAUGGGCUAUUCAGAAAAAAAGUUCAAGAGUUCCACCAAUGGGGCAUGAGAUGAAAAGUAACAGCCGAUCUGCUGGAGAAGGUACAAGAAGCAGCAUCAGAAAUAAGCAUCUUAAAUUAAACAGAGCAGGAAGGGGCUGGAGUACAAAAUUACUGAAAGCUUUUUAGAAACCAGUUUCUAUAAAUCAGCAAAGCUGCAGCAUUGUAAGUUACAGGGUCUUUGGCAACUGUCCCUUUAAGCAUCUGGCUUGACAGCCAGGCGCUGUCCCCAAAGGGCACCUACUAUUCAUUUUUACGGCCUGGAGCUGAGUUGACUGCACACAAAGUUAGUAACAGAAAUGACUUCAUGAUUUUGCUCCUGGUCCUAACAACAGCAAAGGAGAGGAUGUUCUUGGAGUUCUACUGUAUUAGAAAGAAUGAGUUAAUGAAUGCAGGUUAAUAAAUAACUAAAUGGUGAAGGAACAUUAAUAAAUAACUAAAUAGGUUGCUAUUA